CUGGAGUAAAGGGUUUGACGCAGUUCCCAAGUGUAAUGAAGAAUUGAGCGACUUUGUGCUUGGAGAAGCCAUAAUCUUUUAUACAAAUAUUCUUUUGUCGAAGGUCGAAGUUGUUGUGUUAUUCGCUUGUCGAUGUAUAUCUAUCAUUGAAGCGUUCGGGUUUAACUUUCUAUACCAAUUCCUAUAAAAAAUCGAACAAUGUUGUGGCUCUCAUCUUCCUAGUUCACAAUUUCUUUCAAAUUUCAUCUCGUCAGUUAGAGGUAUAUUUGAAUUUCCGUGAGACAUUCUUCAGCCAAUAUCCCCAUACUUUUUCCCAAACAUGUUUCACUCCGAACGAAAAAUCAAAGCAUAGUCUCGUAACCUCGCAUACGAUUGGAAUCGAUCGUCGCUGAAUUCUCUUUCGCGAUGUCAUCAACAAAAUUACGCGAUGAGAUCUGAAAAUAUGCUACAAUGUCGAAGGCAAUCUGAGACGGACACCAAGCGAUGUGUGUCAAUUUGAACGACAUUAUGACCUCAAAGUGAUGUUUCACGUGUCUUCCUUAUUUGAUAUUCAUAACAGUAUAUGUCGAGGAAAACAUGGCGACAAGUACUAAAAGAAAACGGAAAAUUGGACGCAUGUGUUGCGCCAUUUCUUCCCAAGGCAUUCACUGCCCAACUACGCAGUACUCGCCAGAUAUUACUUUACACUAUUUUCCUGACGAAGAAAAAGACUUGAGCCGACGACAAGCAUGGACUAGGUUCAUUCGCAAAUAUCGGCCUUUCUUUGUGCCUUCUCGGUCUAAAUCUUCCUCCAUAUGCUCGCUGCAUUUCGAAGAAAGUUGCUUUUCCAUGCACAGGAAUGUCGCUCGCGCGUUGGGUAUCAGAAUAAGGUUAAAAAAAGAUGCAAUACCAACUAUAGAUGUGCCGAAUAUUCAAGUCGGUACUACAAAGUGUGAUAAAAUAGUGUCUAAAAGUACUACGUCAAAGAAGAAGAAGCGUAGUCCUAGGAAGUUAACAAAGGCUAAUCUUAAAGAAAGUGACAGUGGCAGGCUUCCAAAACAGCCGGUGCAAAAGGCCUCCAAAAGGAAACUCUCUCGCAUUGACAACAAACCUCGGAAGGUCAUCAAACACGACCCAACUUUAUCCUCCCCCGAACAGCAUGACAAUCUUAGCGCAGUUAAGGAUGAAAAAGAGUCUGCCACAUCCAUUGAAGAUAACUCAAACGGUUUGCCUGACGAUAAGGAAGUGAAUGGUAUUCCUGUCGAUAAGGAAUUGAAUGGUUUUCCUAUUGAUAAGCAAGUGAAUGGUUUUUCUACUGAUGAGGAAAUGAAUGGUGUUCCUGUCGUUAAGGAGGCAAUUGGUUCUGCUGUAGAUAAAGAGGUGAAUGAUUUUCCUGUCGAUAGGGAAGUGAACAAUUUUCUUGUUGAUACCGAGUUUCCUGUUGGCCCACAAGCGUUUGGUCUCGUCCCGGUCUCAAAUCCUAUCUCGGAGCCAAUCGAACCGAAUCAGUGUAAAUGCCGUUCAGACUUCGACCACCGAUUUGCCUCUUUGGAAAAGAAAUUCACUCUUCUUCAAAAUAAACACGAUGCUCUUCAGCAGUCGCACGAUAAGUUGUCUCAGCUCGUGGAAGCUCAAAAUUACCUGCUUACAUGCUAUUCUGGUUCAUCGUCAGCUUAUGUGCAUGCAAGCAGUUCACUUGUUGACUCACCUUCAAAAAAACGCUUUGGUUCAUCAAAUUGUGAGUCGUCGGAUACGUCACUCGAAAUUUUAAAGCAGCGCCCCUCCUUUGAAACUCCAGAUUUACCCCCCGUAACAUCGUUAUGCAGCGAGAAACGGCAAUACAUUCUUCCAAAGAGGGCUACAGCUUGCGACAUUUUACAUCUUUGGGAAGAUGGCAACAGCGAGAUUCCACCGGUUAAGAACUGGCCACCUUCGCAAAAGAACAAGGUGCAAAGUAAGCUUGGACGAUGGAAAAGAAUUGUGGAUAUCUUCAAGAUAGAAUGUGACGGAAACAUGGAUUUGUUUCAAGAAAAGUAUUCCAAUGACAAUGGCGAUCUAUUACCAGUCACGACGAUCUUGGCGCUCAACGAGAACAAGUUGUCAUCAGACUUUCUUAGCAAAGGAUAUUGUAAUGUAAAGCAAGAUACAAUUGAGCUUAGUUCUCCUCAGGAAAUUGGAAGUGAGAAAGACUCCGAGAGCAGUGUUUCUUGCAAAACUUACGAGAUCCCUGAUGAUAAAAAGACGAACCGUUACGUUUUGCCACGAAGGGCAAGCGCACGAGACGUCGUGCACCUGUGGGAGUACGGCUGCGAUGAUUUCCCACCGCUUGCCACGUGGACCAAGGCUCAAAAAAUCGGACAGGAAACAAAGAUAUUUCGAUGGAAGAAAAUCGUGGAACUUUUUAAAAACGACUGCAAUUCGAACUGGGAUCUCUUUUACGAAAGAUACUCGAAUGAUAACGGUGAACUGUUGCCGUUGGCAACCAUAUUAUCCAAGUUGCUUAAUUUGCUCACCACACGGAAAAACGUCAAUGGUAGAAAAAUCGAACAAAGGGAAUCGAAGAAUGAUGACAUUCUGAAAUGGUCAAUCCACAAACUGAUUACCGGGAUCAUAUAUUCCAGUGAGUGCGAUAAAUACCGCUGUUAUUUUAAACGGAUACCACUCGAGUGUCCCACCAGAAAGUACAACUGCCUAAACGUAUCGGUGCGAAGGAAAUCGUCUGGCUUUGGGAUCACGGUUGUCGAGAAUUCUCCCGUGAAAAGAUGGUCUUCUGCUCAGAAACUUCGCUACACCACAAAGCUUUCAAGAUGGCGGAAAAUCGCUGACAUAUUUCACCAAAAGUGUAACAGCAACUGGCGUACGUACGAAGAAAAGUAUCCCAAACCGAAACAUUAUGAACUUUUAGCCCUCUCUACUGUAAUAGCCAUGCAAGAUGAAGAACAAGACGAGAGUUUCCAGUCUACGACGAAGCCAUUGUCUGAUCGCCGCAUGGAUUUCUGGGAUGCCAAUAAUGAGCCAUGUGUUAAAAAGAGCGGGAAAAAUGAUGAAGAGAAUACGGUAAAAGCUACAGAAAUUGAAGAUGCUGUUGAAGACGUCGAGGAUAGACAUAAUGGAGUUGAACAUAGUCAGAAGGACCAUUCUGCGGAUGACUUUGAUUUGCCUAAGAAAGUGACCGCUCUAGACAUCAUCAACUACUGGGAAAAUGGUUUCAAAGACAUGCCUCCCGUUUCACAGUGGACAAGACAUCAGAAAUUUCGACAACGAGGUAAAAUAGCUCGAUGGAGCAAGCUGUAUGCAAUAUACGAGAAGCAAUUCAAUGGCAAUCUUGCAGAAUUUAAUGAUCAUUACUCGGACGAGAAAGGUCAAAUUUAUCCCGUGACCACAAUCAUUUCAAUGUACGAGUCACAAGCUGACACCGGCCAUCGUGCGAUAAAGGAGGCUUCGUCAAAAGGACCGGUCGUACGAAAGUACAACCUACCUCGAAAAGUCGAUGCCAAGGAUAUUAUUAAUUUGUGGGAGAAAGGAAAUGAAGAAUUUCCGCCUGUUGCUGCGUGGACAAAGGCCGACAAGAUCGGUCAGGAAACGAAAAUUUUUCGUUGGAAGAAAGUCGUUGAUAUUUUCAAGAACUAUUGCGAUUCGGACUGGGAUUAUUUUGAGGAUUUGUUCACGAACGAUUUUGGCGAACUGCUGCCUAUCAGCGCGAUCAUAGCAAAGUAUGAAACUAGCUUUUCAAAACGAUAGCAUUUCGAUUGAAUUUAAGAUGUGUUUUGCAAUUAUGUGUGUUUUCAAAAGGUUUUGCCGUUGUAGGUUUUCUGGUAGUUUUUGGUGAAGAUGUAGGUUAUUAACUUAAUGAUGGCUUGCUAAGGUAAUCGCAGGCCUAGCAAUGUAGUAUCAAAGAAAGAAAAAUGUGAUUUUUUGGCAUUAAAAAGUGGCGAAUGAA